AUGCCACCCAUCUCAAUCCUUCCCACCCAUACAGGUGAGGCUGACUCGUCCCCAUCUACCAGGAUUGAGAGGGGAGAGACCUGUGUCUGAAUCACCUUCUGCCCAGCACUGCAAGACCAGUCUGCCUUUUCCAGCUCAGGCACCAUGGCCCACUUUGUGGUCCAGCAUGGAGUCAUGGAGGGCAUCGCUGGAGAUGUGCAGAUUUACGAGGGUGAUUUUAUUCAUUAUUUUGCCCCCAGAAGCCUCCCACCUGUCAAGAAAAGCAUGGUAUUCGUUGUUGAUACAAGCGCUGGCUCUAUGUUUGGCACCACGAUGAAGCAGACUGAAAAGGCCAUGAAUGUGAUCCUGGGUGGCGUCAACGACCACUUCUAAGUCAUCACCUUUUCUGACUCAGUUAGCGUAGCUAGCAUCCAGAACAUCCACAGCACCAAGGACUACCUGGGUCACAUGGAAGCUGGUGGUUGGACCAACAUCAGUGCAGCUCUGCUCAGCAUAGCAUUGCUAAACCACAGCAUUCCAGAGACUGGUCAGGGCUGCAAUGUGGGGAGGAUCCGUCUCAUCAUCUUCCUGACAGAUGGGGAGCCCACAGCCAGUGUGAUGACCCCUAGAGUGAUCCUCUCCAACAUCUGUCAGGCACUGGGCAACAGGGUGUCCCUUUUUAGUUUGGCCUUCAGGGAUGAGGCUGACUUCUCAUUGCUGUGUCACCUGCCCCUGGAGAACCAGGGAGAAGCCUGGUGCAUGUAUGAGGGCACUGAUGCAGCCCUACAGCUGAAGGGCCUCUAUGAGGAGAUCUCCAUUCCUCUGCUGGCAGACAUGCAUUUGAAGGGAGAGCCUUCCCCUCCUCUGGGAGGCUUGGUUGGGGCCUCCCCUUGAACUUUUCCCCGUUAUUUUGGUGGCUCAGAACAGGUGGCGGCAGGACAGGCACAGGCACAGGUAGGAAAGCAGGAACUUGGCAUCCACCUGGCAGCCUGUGGCCCCAAGAGUCAGCUUCUUGUGGCCUGCCACAGUGAGGCAGCCACCAAGAGCCAGAAGAACUCUGGUGUCCCAGGGGAGUGGGCCUACAAUGUAGCCCACUUCACCUGCUGCCUCUGGGCCUACACCACCAGUGGAGAGUUGCAGGGAUGCUUCCAAGCCUGUGACACUACCACUCGCCGCCUGCUGGCCACCAAAGUCCUCAACCUGUCCCUUGAAUACAAUGUUGUCAUGGUGCAGCCCAAGGAGGCAAGUGGGAAGGUCAGAUCACAUAUUUCCACUGCAGCUGUGCUAGGCACCAUUAUGCCUUCAUCCGCCAGCAGACGUGGCCUCGGGACAGGCACAGCCCAGUCAGCCUUGUUACCCAAGGUCUCUCCCAAAUUAGGGCUUGUGAAACCAAGGUCCUACUUAUCCUCAACGGCUCCUGCUUGUACAGAAAUUAUGUCCAGUUCCAAGGAGUUGGAGCCACUGGGUCAGGACACUAGUACCCUAUCCACCCCAGCACACCCCAAAUCCCCAAAUCCUACACAACAGGAUUCUGGCACUUUGGUUCAGCCAACUCUCAGAACAAAAACUGCUGCCUUGGGGCCCUCAAACUCUGGUGCCCUAUUGCUUCUGAAGCCCAGCGUGCCAUCACACCAGAAUCCUGGUACCCUAUUACCCAUGACUGCCAAGACAUAAGUCCCACUUCUGAAUCCUAGCACCCCAUCCCAGCCCAAAGCUGGCAUUGUGAAACAUGAUAUUCCACUGUCCUCCAAACCUGGUGUUCCAUCACAACCCAAACUGGAUGCUCUAUCACAUUCCCAACUUGGGGUACUCACAUCACAGUCACCCAAAAGCUUGCCACAGGCCAAUCCUGGAGUCUCCAUGCUUCAGAUCUUCAAACACUAUCACAAAACUAGACCAAAGGUUCCUGCUCACAAGACCCCAAUCUUCCCAACACCUCUUAACUCUAAUACCCCAACUCCCCCAAAUUACCCAAGCUUAUCAUUUUCCAAACCUUGGACCCCAAUCCCCAAUAAACCCAAAACCCCGUUACCCCCGAGACCUGCCAGACCAAUGCCCCUACCUCCUCAGGAUCCAAACACAUUCACAAGCACAACCUCAAGUCCUGCAAGUCCCAGCAAGACCAUGACCACCUCUGUCUUUGGAGUACCCCUUCCAAUUCCCUUUGACUCCACCUUGCCCUCUGCUGCCCUGAGAAAGCUCUGGCUUCAGCAGGAUCUGCUGCUGGGGCCCCAAAACACCAGGCAAAUUCUGGGACUACCUGUGUCAGAAGUCCCAACAAUGGGCCUCUCCAGCAGCUCCAGGCCUAUGCCAGAAGAGCCCCCAAACGUGCCAGUCUUGCUGCCUUCUAGCAUCCUCCCUGAGGUGGCCAGCCUGCUCCAUCUCCCUGAGGAGCUAGAGCUGCUGUCUAAGUCAAUGAUGGAGUCCAUGAUCAUGGAGUCCUUGAGCACACCAGCUUUCUAUACCUUCCUCACUCCUGAUGAAGAUGGUGAGUGCCACGGGCAAGAGGUCAAGCCAUGA